UAAUAUUCUAUUUUGGAUCUCCUCUUCGAUUAGAAACCAAACCCACAAUCAUUCAAUUCAUGUAGAUCAAAUCAAACUCAUACCCAGUUUUUGUUUCUUCCGUAUCCAUUGAACCCAGAUGUUUGUUCUUGGAGAUCUUGUUCGGGCCUUGUAAAUCACUGUUUCUGUUUUCGAUCUGUUUGGUGCAGAGAAAAUGGCGGGGAGGUCUUUUCUGAACGGUGCUGAGAAUAAAGAAAGCUUGCUUUCGAGGAAAGGGUAUUCGGGGUUAGGCUCCUACGCCUCGAGCGGCGGCGAGGAUGGCGUUAAAGGGCGGUGUUUCCGAUCGUGCUGUGAUUCGAUCGAGUACUUGUGGGAUGGCCUUCAUGAACUCACUGUCAAGUUAUAUGAAAUGGGUCGAUCGGAUCCUCGUAAGAUCUUUUUCGCCUUCAAAACUGGGCUCACGCUAACGUCCGUCUCGUUGCUUAUGCUAUUCAAAGAGCCCCUUAGGGGUGCCAGCCAGUAUUCAAUCUGGGCAAUUCUCACUGUCGUUUUGAUCUUCGAAUUCAGCGUAGGUGCAACACUCAGCAAAGGUAUCAACCGAUCUAUAGGAACGUUUUCUGCUGGAGUGGUAGGUUUAGGCAUUGCAGAGCUAUCGAUAAUGUCCGGAGAGUAUGAAGAAUAUGUUAUUUUGAUAAGCAUUUUCAUAGCAGGAUUCAUUGCCAACUACUGCAAAUUGUACCCUAAAGUGAAAACAUACGAAUACGCUUUCCGGGUGUUCUUGUUGACGUUCUGUAUCGUGCUGGUGUCGGGAAACAACUCGAGAAAUUUCAUCCACACUGCCAUUUGGAGAUUGCUGCAUAUCUUCUUUGGCGCUGGCAUGUCUGUGAUUAUAAGUAUAUGUGUUUUCCCCAUAUGGGCAGGGGAGGAUUUGCAUAAAUCUGUGGUGAAAAAUUUCAAGAGUGUUGCUUCUUCCUUGGAAGGGUGUGUUAAAGGGUAUCUGCAAUGUGUUGAAUAUGAGAGGAUUCCUUCCAAAAUUCUGACAUACCAAGCGUAUGAUGAUCCAUUGUAUAGCGCGUACAGAUCAGUUGUGCAAUCUUCAAGCCAAGAGGAUACUUUGCUUGAUUUUGCAUCAUGGGAGCCUCCACAUGGUCCUUACAGAUCAUUCAACUAUCCAUGGAGGAACUUUGUCAAAGUGAGUGGUGCAUUGAGGCAUUGUGCAUUCAUGGUGAUGGCAAUGCACGGGUGUAUGCUCUCGGAAAUUCAGGCACCUCCGGAGAAGAGAAAGGUUUUCGCUCUGGAGAUGCAGAGGGCUUGUACCACGGGGGCUAAAGUGCUGCGUGAGCUCGGAGAAAAAGUCGAAAAGAUGGAGAAGUUGAGCCCGGGAGACAUACUGAGGGAAGUUCACGAGGCCGGAGAGGAUUUGCAGAUGAAGGUCGAUGACAAAUCAUACCUUCUAGUCAAUUCAGAAAGCUGGGCAUCCCCACCGCAUCACAAGGACCUCGAAGAAGAAGUUAAAGAGGACGAGUACAAAGUGGUGAUCAAAUCCCUGAGCGAUAUGUCGAUGGAGCCUCCGGAUUUGGUUGCCUCGGAGAGUAUGGCACAGAAACCGUCUUGGCCACGUCUCUCCGUCACUGCAGAAGCAUUGCUGCAGCCUGGUCAGGACUCCAAAAUAUACGAGAGCGCUAGCUCGUUAUCUCUAGCGACAUUCGCAUCACUCUUGAUCGAGUUUGUUGCGAGGCUCCAGAAUCUCGUCGACGCGUUCGAAGAGCUUAGCGAGAAAGCGAAUUUCACGGAUCCCCGCGACCAACCACCUCGAAAGGAGGCAACCGGAUGUUGGAACAGAUUAACAAGUUGCUUCCUGUCAAACAACUAGCUAGCGAGACAAAAGGUUUUAAGAUUGAUUUUCUGUUGUUGUAGAUUCUUUUGUUCAACUUAUUAUUUUACAUUUGUUCAUGGUCAUGAAAUUUUCUGAUGUUUCUAAU